GCCAGCCAGCCAGCCAGCCCGCCGCUAUGAGCCAGGCCUAUUCGUCCAGCCAGCGCGUGUCCUCCUACCGCCGCACGUUCGGCGGGGCCCCGAGCUUCUCGCUGGGCUCCCCCCUCGGCUCGCCCGUGUUCCCGCGCGCCGGCUUCGGCUCCAAGGGCUCCUCCAGCUCCAUGACGUCUCGUGUGUACCAGGUGUCACGCACGUCGGGUGGCGCGGGCGGGCUGGGCUCGCUGCGCUCCGGCCGGCUUGGGGCGAGCCGGCCGUCUGCGGGCUACGGCGCGGGCGAGCUGCUGGACUUCUCGCUGGCCGACGCGGUCAACCAGGAGUUCCUGACCACGCGCACGAACGAGAAGGUGGAGCUGCAGGAGCUCAACGACCGCUUCGCCAACUACAUCGAGAAGGUGCGCUACUUGGAGCAGCAGAACGCCGUGCUCAACGCCGAGGUCAACCGGCUCAAGGGCCGCGAACCCACGCGCGUGGCCGAGAUCUACGAGGAGGAGCUGCGGGAGCUGCGGCGCCAGGUGGAUGUGCUCACCAACCAGCGCGCCCGCGUCGACCUCGAGCGGGACAAUCUCAUCGAUGACCUGCAGCGACUCAAGGCCAAGCUGCAAGAGGAAAUUCAACUGAAAGAAGAAGCUGAAAACAAUUUGGCAGCCUUUCGGGCGGAUGUGGAUGCAGCCACACUGGCUCGAAUUGACCUGGAGCGCAGAAUUGAAUCUCUCAACGAGGAAAUCGCGUUCCUUAAGAAAGUACACGAGGAGGAGAUCCGAGAGCUGCAGGCCCAGCUUCAGGAACAACAAGUACAAGUAGAGAUGGACAUGUCCAAGCCAGAUCUCACUGCUGCCCUGAGAGACAUCCGGGCUCAGUAUGAGACCAUAGCAGCUAAGAACAUUUCGGAAGCCGAGGAGUGGUACAAGUCCAAGGUGUCCGACCUGACCCAGGCAGCCAAUAAGAACAACGAUGCCCUGCGUCAAGCCAAGCAAGAAAUGAUGGAGUACCGGCACCAGAUCCAGUCCUAUACCUGUGAGAUUGACGCCCUCAAGGGAACUAAUGACUCCCUAAUGAGACAGAUGCGGGAGAUGGAGGACCGUUUUGCCAAUGAGGCUAGUGGCUAUCAGGAUAGCAUCAUGCGCCUGGAGGAGGAGAUCCGGCACCUCAAGGAUGAGAUGGCCCGUCACCUGCGCGAGUACCAAGACUUGCUCAAUGUCAAGAUGGCACUGGAUGUGGAGAUCGCCACCUACCGAAAGCUACUAGAGGGCGAGGAGAGCCGGAUCAGCAUGCCAAUUCAGACCUACUCUUCUCUCAACUUCCGAGAAACAAGCCCCGAGCAAAGGAGUUCUGAGGUCCAUACCAAGAAGACGGUGAUGAUCAAGACCAUCGAAACACGGGAUGGAGAGGUUGUCAGCGAAGCCACACAGCAGCAACACGAGGUGCUGUAAAACCAGGGACGCGCCCUGCUGCCAGAGACCAUCCACACCACUGUCCUCACUGUUCCCUUCCAUCCCAGGGCACUGCACUCAGACACAGGUCCUUGCACAACCCCUGACUCCUGUUCACACUCCCUUAUGGUCCCCAGAAGCUAGCUAAAGUGUGCCCUGCUGCCUGCUGGAGCCCUCCAAGUCGGGAAUGUGGGAGCCUGACCUGGCCCUCCCGCCUCUGUGGACUGUUUCUGGUUUAAGGACCCCAGAAGAGGGUUUAGGGCCACUCAGGGUCAGAAGGGAGCCCUGGGGACCUUCCUACUAUCCCCCCAUCCCUCACCCCACC